AUGCGCAGCAUCACACUGUCCGUGGCUGUCCUAGCCACCUUAUGGGCCUCUGUAGCCUGGUCCUCUUCUCUGGCUCAUCACGCUCUGCAAAAGGUUCUCGACGAUGCCUCGCCUAUCUUUGGAGAGUAUUCUAAGCAAACCAACAGCAAGACAGAAUGGAUGAAAGGCUACCCCGACGACACCCUUCUGGUCCAUAUGAACAUCCCUGGCACCCACGACAGUGCGACGUGGAACUACACCCAAGCCACACAAGAUGCGAUGCGCGGUAUUACCGACCUCAAUCAAGUCACGCCACCAGUACCUGAAACAUUUCGCUGCCAAGAGCUCCCUCUGAUCGAUAUGCUCAACAUGGGUAUUCGAGCAUUUGACCUCCGCUAUGCUUUCGAUCCAACGAACAGCACAAUCAUCUUCUAUCAUUCUCAGGGACUCCUUUCUGAGACUGCGACCUUGGAUGAUGUGCUAUUUGGUUUCUAUCGAUGGCUUGAUGAUCAUCCCUCGGAGACUCUUUUCUUGUCUAUGCAAUAUGAAGGCUCAACUGCCAAGUAUGCGUCCAACGAUGCUGCAAUUCAGUUGAAGCUCUAUAACGCUUUGACCUCUCCCGUUGCCCGACAAUACUUUGUCCAGACCAAGGACCAGCUGGGAACCUUGGGCCAAGCUCGAGGAAAGAUUACCCUAAUGCGUCGUUUUGACCUGGACCAAUUGUCAUCGUCCUAUACAGACUCCUUACCGGGUCUUCACUUCUCGCCUAGCCUGUGGACGGACAACAGUCCAGACAUUGUUUUGACGUACAACACAAAAGAGAACUUGACAGCUUAUAUCGAGGACUACUAUGAGCCUCUUACACCGAUGGGCUCGAAUGCUACGGAAAAUAUUCAGUGGAAGUACAAUGCUACCACAAAGAAUAUCAUCAAGGCCACUACCGAGUACCCGGAUAGCUUGUUCUGGACGUGGGCCUCCAGCACUAACACCGACAAUGUGCCUCCCGAGUGGCCCCAAAUUAUGGCUCUUGGAAAUGGUACCUUGACUCCUGCUGGUGGCGUCAAUCAGCUUCUUGUUCCUUUCCUGAAGAAGCAGAAGGGCAAGCGUGUUGGAAUUGUGAUGUUUGACUUUUUUGAUCAGCCGUCCAACCUGAUCGACACCUUCCUGAGCCUGUAA